AUGAGCAGCUCUGGCGCCCAACUAUGGACAUGCACGCGCUGUCUUCGAGCCCAGCGGCUGCGGGGUGUCGCCACGCUCCCUCCCUCAAGAGCCACUGAACCUCGUCGCCCACUCAGCACCACACCACUCGUUCAGGAGGAGGAGAAGAAGCCGUCGGAGUCGAAGGCCGGGCAAGAAGAUGGACAAGAGCAGGGAGCCAUGUCUCGCAGGCUGGCCGAGAUGGCGGAGGAGACAAUCGAUACAGGCAGCAGGAGUGAUCACAAGUUAAUGCAAGACGUCGGCUUCUCAGACGAAUUGAAGAAGCAGCUGGAAGAGAGGAUUGCCCAAACAAGGUUUGCUGCAGAAAACCAGAGAGCCGCGAGCGUGGUCAACCUUCCGAGUUCGGCCGGGAGAGGUACCCAGGAUAUAGCAGGCGCAGAGCCGUGGAAGGGAUCCGAAUCCCUCCACGACUCGGCUCUACGGAUGCUGGACGAUAGCCACAAGAGACUGCGGUCGCCAUACCGAAUCCCAUCGAUCACGCAGAAAGUCGACCUGCGACCAGCACUCAAAAAGAACAUCUCUGCUGCAGACCGGCUGGCCAACGCGCGAGACAAGACGUCCAUCUAUGCGCUCAGCCAACAGCAAGAGCACGCCAUGAGUGACGAAGAGCGGGAGAAGUGGCGCAAAGAACUCAAGGAACGGUUCUCGCCGGGGGCCCGACCCAUGCCCACCACAAUGCAAGGGCUGGCGAGCCUGGCCAACGAGCGGAUUGAAGACGCCAUUGCGAGAGGCCAAUUCAAGAACAUCCCUCGAGGCAAAGGUACGAAUGUCGAACGGGACUACAACGCCAACAGCCCGUUCCUGGACACCACCGAGUAUUUCAUGAACAAGAUCAUCCAGAGGCAGGAGAUUGUGCCUCCGUGGAUCGAGAAACAGCAGGACCUGGUCAAGGCGGCGGCGAAUUUCCGAGGUAGACUGCGCAACGAUUGGCGCCGGCAUGCCGCCAGGAUGAUUGCAAGUACCGGCGGCAGCGUGGAGGAUCAGGUGCGUCGAGCGAAAGGGUAUGCGCUGGCCGAAGAAAGAGUCAACCCGCGAGCCCGCAAGGUGGAGAGUCUGAGUUCCAUUUCCAGCGACGGUCGCAUCACGAGCAUCACACUCGAGGAGCGCAUCGCUGCAGGCGUACCUGCCGAGCGGCAGGAGACGGUGGAGAUCGAUGUGACCGAAACUUCUGCCGAAAGCACAACAUCUCUUGCGGACAGGAGUAGUAAUGCUGCAGUGGCGGCGGCGACACCGACUCCAUCGCCCAUCAACGAAGCAUUUACGAUCACAACAACCGCUGAAGAGACAUCUACGAACACAGCCACGACGGCACCCACGGCUGUAGAGGAUUUUCCGUCCACAGUUCCUUCUAUAGAGACAUCGAUGGCUGAUCCUCCGUCAUCUUCAUCUUCAUCUGCAUCUACCUCCUCACCACCAACAUCACCAUCAUCCCAAGAACGCCAAACGCAACCGCCGCCACCACCGCCAGUAUUGCCCAUGGCCCACCCGUUCCGCGACCCAGCUUGGGAAAAGACCGAACUGGCAUACCAGACGCUGGCGGUACAAGAACUCAACGCCCUGACCCGGUCGUACAACUUGAUGGCGCCCAAGCUCGCGCAGAAGCCGUACUUCACGCUGCAGCGCGAGCUGGACCGGUGUUUCGCCGACGUGGCGCCCACGCUAGCCGACGAGAUUCUAGAGCGCAGCCGCAAACCCGCGGGCAAACCGGCCGUCCUGCCGCAUCACGAAGGCGGCGUCUUGGAGCGCUUCGGCCAAGGCAUCGGCGCACAGAAAUACAGGGGCCACGAAGGCCGGAUCAAAGACGAGGUCGAAGGCAAGGGCUACGGCUUUCGGGAGUUCUGGCGGGAUUUGUUUGGCUCAACCACCAGUUCCAGUUCUAGCUCCCGUUCUCGUUCCAGCUCUAACCCGGGAGACCGAAGGGGCCGCGAGAAGGGUGUUGCAUGA